GGCUGCGUUCGCGCCUUCUGUACAAAAUAUUGUUCUAAGAAACAGUAUGUCGGUUGAGUUGAGGGGCGGCGUCGCGGGUGCCCGCAGUCAUGCUGUGUGCCUCAGCGGAGUCACUGGACACACGCCGCGACAUUACACCUUACGGGAAAAAAUCGUGCCGUGACUAUCCAGGGAAAUAUAUGUCAACGAGUAAGAUACGCGAAAGCAAAACGUUAUAACGACGCGCCAGACACUGUGAUACAAUCAAUACUAUUGAUCUAGUUAGCUAAUAAUACUGAAAUUUAUUUUAGAUAUAUACAAAAUUAUAUGUACGUUGAGUGAAGUGUUUUGAUAUUUUUUGUGUGCUCAUACAUUUAGUGAUAUACUGCCCCUGUACUGUAAGACUGGAUUUCUGUUAGACAACAAAGUGUCAUCGUACGAAGAGAGUAAUGGUGAGCGACUGCGAGAGUAUUUGACAAGUGAGAGAGGCGUCAUCGUGAGUUCGCCGGCGGUCGCGCCGACGAGGGUAGCAACAGCGGUGUCAGCGGGCAGUCCCCGCCGCGUGGAUGGUGGCGGGCGAAUGGGGCUAUGCGCCGGCGCCGGCCGCCCCCGCCAUGAACGCCUUCCUAGAAACCAACGCGCACCUUGCCUCCUACGGCCUGAAGAUGUCACCGGACCCCGCCGGCCCGUGCGGCGUCAGCCCGCAACAUCGUGCCGCCGCGCCGCACCCGCCCCCGCACCACCCGUCGCACUACCAACCAUACCCCCUACAUUCCUACCAACCCGGCUACUUGAGAGAGUAUGGCGGCUGCGGCGAACUAUUCCCUCAACAACCGCUCGAACAGACCUGGGAUUGGCGGGGAGACGUCCACUAUCAAGGCGGCGCACCACCUCUAGUACCGCACGCGCAUGCGCACGCCCCUCACGCCUUCUUGCGCUAUGUGCGCGCUCCACCGCGGCGCGACAUGCGCUGCCAGUGGCUCGACCCCGAACAACCGCCGCCGCGGAAGCUGUGCAACAAACUUUUCUCGAGUAUGCACGAAAUCGUCACGCAUUUGACAGUGGAACACGUCGGAGGGCCAGAAUGCACGACGCACGCCUGCUUCUGGCAAGGCUGCUCAAGGAACGGCAGGCCUUUCAAGGCGAAAUACAAAUUGGUGAACCACAUACGUGUUCACACAGGGGAGAAACCUUUUCCGUGCCCCUUCCCUGGCUGCGGCAAAGUGUUCGCAAGAUCAGAGAACCUCAAAAUCCACAAGCGAACACACACAGGUGAGAAGCCAUUCAAAUGCGAGUACGCUGGCUGCGAUCGGCGCUUUGCCAACUCCUCAGAUAGGAAGAAGCAUUCACAUGUUCACACCUCGGACAAACCGUACAACUGCCGCGUCCACGGCUGCGACAAGUCGUACACGCACCCAUCAUCGCUGCGCAAGCAUAUGAAGGUGCACGGCGCUGCUGGCGACGCGUCACCGCGGUACGACAGCGACGGCGAUGACUCCUCGUCAGCAGGCAGCGUCAGCGUCACUGCCGGAGCCGCCAGUCCGAUAGCACCGCUCCAACCCCCUCCCGCACCCGCGCCUGCCCCACCCCCGCACCACCACCACCAUCCCUCCAUAACCGACAAACUAGAAAGCCUCAACGACAAAUACCUCAACCCGCACGAACAAAAGCCUUAUGAGCGACUGCCGGUACCGCCGCAUCAACACCAGCCUCACCUUACCAACAUUGGAGGCAACGGCGGCAUGGACAACAAACUCGGCUUCGGCGGCCAUUGGACCCAGUUCCAACAGCCCGCGCCGACGGUCCCGCACGGAGUACCCGACUGGUGGUGUCCCUCCCAAGAGUCCUACCACCAUCACCACUUGAUGCAUCACUCCGGCGCCGCCGCCGCGUACUGACCGCACCGCGCUUAGGGAACUCUUCAUUCGACGAUAAGCAACGCUGUCACUUUGCUCACGCCGUAACAGUUCCAAGCAUUAGAAUAUAGGUUUAGCCGUGGAAUGAAAAGUUCGCUAAAGCGCGUCCGUUCAGUGCUUUCUAAAGUACAUUACGCUUAUUUAUAUUAUACUUACUUAUUAGUCAGUACGUGAUCUGACCAUCCUAUAUAGACAACAGCCGUCCUAAAGUUUUAAUUAAUGGAUCCUACUGAAUGUCACUAGAGAAUUAUUUGAGAGAAUACAAUAUAGAAUUUACAAUAAGGGGUACGUGUCGAAUCAGCCUGUUGUUUACGACAUGCGUUAGACAAUGAAUUGACCACUAGUUGAGCGUCCGUGUCAUAUAUUCUGGUAAACAAACAAGGUUUUGUUGGAAUACGUCCUUUAAUUUGGUGAAUGUCUAUGGGUAUUGUCCGUUAGGAUCCUUGGAACCUUUGUGAUGUCUCGGGACACUAACAAUGUACAGAGAGUAGAUUUUUGUCAACAGCAUUGCUGACAGUGAUUUAUUACAGCCUUUGUUUAGUGUAAGCACUGAUGUACAAACAAUCGUAUUGUUGUAUAAUAGAUUUCUAUUCUAAUAAUAAAUAGAUCUUACGAUGUGAAAUUUAUGAGAUGCGUGAAAAUUAACGAGAUAUUGCAAACAGCUAAUAGGUUAGUUUGGAAGGUAACUAAUUUCCUCUACUAGUAACUUAUUGAAGUUCGAAAUGAAGCCUUAUAUCUUAUACAUAUAUAUCAGCAUGGCCAAAGCACCGAAGUCUAAUAAACUACAAUUUAUAGGUUGUACAAGUGUAAUAUAAUAAAUAAACUUAAGAUACUUUACAAUAAGGUCGUGUAUAAAAUAAAUUAUAAAUGCCCAGUGAUAAUAGGAAUAAGUGAUUGAUUUUAUUGUAAAUUACUUGUGUAGUUGCUACAAACUAUUGUGCUAUCUAAUCCUGGAGUUUUAUGAUUAUAAUGUAUAUGUUCAUAGUAGUAUACUAUUUUUUCACGAAUGGACAUUUUAUGAGAGAAGAAAAAAUGAACCUGCGUCUAUGAUAACUAUUAAUAUUGUAAAUAAAUGACUGAAAAGCACGCUGUAUUUUAAGUUAUUUUAAGAACAAAACGUUGUCUUUUCUACAGGCCUGUAAAUAGCGAGAAAUAAAGAAAAAAAACAUGUUUCAAU